AUGUCACUGACCUUCGACCACAGUUAUGUUCAAGAAUAUAAUUUUCUGGCUGCGAUGAAUCCGAUAAUUAGGAACGGCGAAGAAGCAUCGAGCUCUUUCACACCUGAGGAGCUCGCAUACUACGGUUCAUCGACGAUUGCAUACAAUAAUUCGAUGCCCGUCACCAUCAAUCAGAACUCCUCACCGGCGCCUGAGAAGAGCGAGCGUCGCGUUCCACAUCGCUCCCGAACCCAAGCUCCUCGACAGAAGACUCCCCAUUCUAAGGCCAUGUCUUACCAAGGUAAUGAUCUUGUCGCUGAGGCAGGUGAGCUCUCAAAUACGGUGUCAUGGCACGAGGCCCAUCCCAAGUUUGUCAUUGUCCUCGUUGGCCCUGAGGAGAUCCCCUUCGGUCUGCAACAGAACCUCCUAUGUGCCCAAUCUCCCUUUUAUCGAGACCUAUUUGAAAAUAACGCCACUGAGAGACAAAUUGAAUCCAUCGUCAAGCUCCCAGAUACCACGGUAGAUGUCUUUGGCUGCUUCCAGAACUUUGUCUACACUGGCAAGGUCUAUGAUGAGGUACACGGCAAAGAGAUUCCGGAUUACCCUCUUCUCAUGGGCUUGUGGAAGCUAGCUACAAAGUUGAGAAUGGCUCCGCUUCGUGUCGCCAUUUUGGAGACUAUGACUGAGCGUCGUCAAUUGACUUCUUGUAACCCUGGCACACCCCUCCUCAUCCAAGCUUGGCAAGACACUCAGGAGGGUAGCGGUCUUCGGAAUAUGCUUAUCAAAUGGUCUGCAGAGCACAUGCGAGCAUCUCCCGAAGCACGCAAGGCAUUCGCCUCAUCCCUCCCUCAUGAAAUUCUCAGCGAGCUUGUCAUCGUCAUGAGUGAGCUUCCCGCUCCAGCUUAUACACCUCAAGGUCCAGGAAAGAAACCUCUCGUGCAAUCAGACCAACCCGCAGAAAUAGACCCUGACCCUCCUCGCCCACCUAAACGCAGCCGCAAAACAGAUGUUGGUCCCAGUACCGCCGCCGCUGCCACUGGCCCGAAUGACUUACAUGAAGCCAAACCAGUCGUCAAGAAGCAAAGCCGUCGCUCCGAGCCUAUUCGCGGCAAGGGUAAGGCCGCCGUCGAAGUCCUUUCCUUGUCUCCUGAAGAGGAUCUCGAGUGCUGCCGCGCCUUGAUCACCCGCAUGGUCUUCGGCCCCGGAUACUGGACACGCCUCGUCAAGGCCUUCAGACAUCCGGUCGAUCCUGUCCUUGAGAACGUGCCCAACUACCUGGAGGUUAUCAAGAAGCCGAUGGACCUGACCACAAUCAAGGGCAAGAUGGAUCGAGAUGAGUAUACCACCGCGGGUGAGUUCGAGAGCGACAUUCGCCAGAUCUUCAGCAACUGUUAUGAGUUCUGGAAGGAGGGUGACCCUGUCUACAUCCAAGGCCAGAAAUUAGAGAACAAAUUCAACACGCAGUGGAAUUUGAGACACAAGUACUUGAACGACGUCAAGGCUGAGGCGGUUGAGUGA